CUGGUGAUUUGCCUUCGCCGCCCGCAGCUCCGCUCCGGACAGCCCGCGGGGACCGGGGCUGCAGCCGCAAGAGCCGCUCGCUCGCUCGCUCCCUGGCACAGGGGAAAAGUUUGCUGCUCUUCUUCCUUCCUUCUCCUCCUUCUCCUCCCCUCAUAGACAGAGCCCGCGGCCCGGCGCGGCACCCCCGGGCAGGGGCAUGGCGGACUGAGCGGCCGGGCCGGGGGCGGCCGCGCCGCACCUGAGGGACGGGGCGGGGGCGCCUGUGGCCGCGGCGCCCCGCGGACGACCAUGCGCGGCGGCGGGGGCGAGCGCUAAGCCCCUCUGGCCUGGUUGCCCCCCGCCGGCCCGGGCUAUCGCCGCCGCGGGGGGGGCUGGGCUGGAGGGCGGCGGGGAACCCCCGAGGAGAGGGGGAAGCGGGGACCUCGCCUGCCUGUGCCCGCCCGAGCGCCAUGCCGCGGCGGCUGGCCUGGCUCUGCUGCUGCUGGGCGCUGCUGAGCGGCGCCUGCCGCCCCGCCGAGCCCGCGCUGCCCGCCGAGGGCGGGGAGCCGCCGUCCGCCGCCGCCUCGGGCUUCCUCUACCGGCGGCUAAAGUCGCACGAGAAGCGGGAGAUGCAGCGGGAGAUCCUCUCGGUGCUGGGGCUGCCCCACCGCCCCCGGCCGCUGCCGCGGGAGCCGCCGGCCCCACCGCCGGGGCGGCUGACGGCGGCGCCGCGCUUCAUGCUGGACCUCUACCACGCCCUGGCCGAGGGCGCGGAGGGCAGCGCGGGCGCGGAGCGGGGCAGCCGUCCGCCGCCCGCCGCCCCGCCGCCGCCGCUGCCCAGCCCGCAGGACAGCGCCUUCCUCAACGACGCCGACAUGGUCAUGAGCUUCGUCAACCUGGUUGAGUAUGACAAGGAGUUCACGCCUCACCAGCGGCACCACAAGGAGUUCAAAUUUAAUUUGUCUCAGAUUCCUGAGGGUGAGGCCGUCACAGCCGCUGAGUUUCGGAUCUACAAGGACUGCGUUGUGGGGAGCUUUAAAAACCAAACCUUCCUCAUCAGCAUCUACCAAGUCCUGCAGGAACAUCAGAACAGAGCCUCUGACCUGUUUCUGCUGGACACACGGGCGGUGUGGGCCUCGGAGGAGGGCUGGCUGGAGUUUGAUGUCACUGCCACCAGUAACAUGUGGGUGAUGAACCCUCAGCACAACAUGGGACUGCAGCUGAGCGUGGUGACCCAGGAUGGUUUCAGUGUAAAUCCUAAAGAAGCAGGCCUUGUAGGCCGAGAUGGCCCUUACGACAAACAGCCUUUCAUGGUGGCCUUCUUCAAAGUGAGCGAGGUCCACAUUCGGACCACGAGGUCAGCGACCAGCAGGCGCAGGCAGCAGAGCCGAAACCGCUCCACGCAGGCUCAGGACGUUUCCAGGGUGUCCAGUGUCACAGAUUACAAUAGCAGUGACUUAAAAACAGCGUGCAGAAAGCAUGAGCUUUACGUUAGCUUCCAAGACUUGGGAUGGCAGGACUGGAUCAUCGCUCCAAAGGGCUACGCGGCCAACUACUGCGAAGGGGAAUGCUCCUUCCCCCUCAAUGCCCACAUGAACGCCACCAACCACGCCAUCGUGCAGACCCUGGUUCACCUGAUGAAUCCCGAUUACGUCCCCAAACCGUGCUGUGCCCCUACCAAACUCAAUGCCAUAUCUGUUCUUUAUUUUGAUGAUAAUUCCAAUGUCAUCUUGAAGAAAUACAGGAAUAUGGUAGUAAGAGCCUGUGGAUGUCACUGACAAACAGCCUUCCCCUGGACUCUGGGAUUCUACCGUGAACUUCCAUACUACCUUCCAUGCUUUCACAAACUACCUGACCUUGGAGGGAAAAAAAAUACCCUAUCCCUAAACAGUUGAUGAACCACAUCUGAGAACACGACGUCUGUGCCUUGUGGGAGGAGGGGACAUGGGGAGCACAGGCUGGGAUGCAAGCAAACCCCUGGACUCCUUCUGGGCUGCUCCUGAGCCGCGGCAGCCACUCAGCAUUGCAGGACAGCAACGGGCCCACGCACGCUGUGGUGGCCUGGGACAGGCUUCCCCUCACAGAGCAGCCUGGCCCCCCCAGCAGUUGCUUGGAUGUGUGCUGCAGUUUUACCAGAUGGUGUUAGUGCUUCAGAGCUGAAGCAUACGUCUUGUAUAAGGGACUAAAAAUUUCCUAAGGUUAGGAAUUAACUUCCUAGGACCUGUUGCAACACCUAGACCGUUAGUCUCCUCCUGAAAUCUGUCAUGACAGCAUCCUAAAUUGUGCCAAAGCAAAUGUUUCAGCUCUCUUACCUUCCAAGCACUAAGUCUGAUCCUGCAAGUGUAAGACAGCUUGGCUGCACCCUCUACUAGGAACACUGGUGUGAGCUCAGACCCUGUCUGCUCCUGUCCCUUCACUCCUUGACUGAGCGAUGUCACUUCGUGCGCUUCCUCUCACACGCCUUCCUUGCCUGCCCCACACAGCGCUGCCUCAGAUGCUCCCACGUGCCCAGGAAGGAAGUGGGGAUGCUUCUACAGCUGCAAUUCAGACGUAAAAGUUUAGGGGCCAUUCAUUCUCUAGCUGGACAAUUUAUUUACAGGAAGACAGAACAUCAGCAACAUAUGCAAGUCUUUGGCCAACCUUUUUCCUUCAAGUCAUGCCAGCACCACACUGGUAUAAAGGACCUGUUCCCAGCGCAGCGACCGUUUGUGUAGCAGAAGCUAAUAGCAAAUUGUUUUGAUCAAUAUUCGACUUGUAUUAAAUGCACUUACCUCUACGUCUUGCAUUUAAAAGGCUUCUUGUAAAUACAAGCUAUAAUUUAUUGCACUUGUCACUGUAUAUUCAUUGUGCUGUAUCAUUUAUAGAAAGACUGCUUUUUUAAAAAGUUUUUAUUUAGAAAAAUCUCAGUGUAAACAAUUGUACCACUUGGAUUUUAUACAAGAAACUCAUGAGAUUGUGCUUCACUAGAAAGUUGUUAAAAACGUUGAUAAUAAAGGCUUUCUUUAAGGCAGAAGUAUAUACAUUGAUCUAAUACAUCUGCCUGUACAACA